UAUUGUCCUGUUGAAUUAUCAUAACUUAUAAUAAAACAUAGUUUAGAAAGAAAAAAUGAAGCACUGGACAAUAUCAACAUAUGGGAGACAUGGUAAGAGAUGCAAAGCCACACCAAAUGAAGACGGAUGUAUCCCUCUCGCUCAGCAGGCAAGAUUUGAACAAUUGACUUUCCCGCUCGAGUACCAUCUUUAUCUCCGUGGUCAUGCCUACUCGCUCCCUAUAACGGGCAAAGGCAUGGCAGUUUUCGACGGUUUUGAGCAUCAUUUCUCUAUAAAUCAGGCACCUGCACGCGUGACAAUCAUGAUGAUGAUUUUGAUUCAAAAACUCUUAGAGGGCCAUAGUUCAGUCGUGGUUUUAACUUGCAACAGCUUCUCAGGCGACGUGGCCUUUAAGUUCUAUUAUCAAAGAAAUAGAAUUUGCCGGAUUUGUAACGACAAAAGUAAGUCGUUAGUCUUUUGCCGAUAUUUGGGAUAUAUGAACCCCGUAGCCGAACGAUGUCGCAAGUUGAUGACUUUAAAUAAACACCUGAGAGGAAAUGCGUUGAAUUGUAUUGUAACAGAAAUAUAAAUUGAUUGAGAUAA